CGUUAUUCUUCCAACAACAUGACAUGUUAGAAGUAUCCCACACAAAAAUUGGUUCAAUAACAGAUGCAAGUUCUAUGUUUAAUUGGUCUUUAUGGACGGCAGCGGGACCUCCAUUCCUCAGCAGGACCAUGACAACGGCAGGAAAUUCUGCUGAAUCGGCUGCAAAAGUUGCUUCAAAAGCCAUCACUGAUGGUGCCUCCCGCAUCAAAUUUAAGAGACUCGAUAAAACUGCCAGGCAUAUAAUGCAGAUUCUAGACAAGGAAGCAGUGCAAGAAGUAAGGGCACAGAGGGAGAUAACUGAUAUUAAGCCCGGUUAUAUUGUGCAACUCAAAGUGGAAGUACCAGAGAAUGAGAGACGUGUCUUGCGAUGGAGUACGACUGUGAAUUUGCUUAUGGUUGAAGGUACUCACCUAACAUAAAGGAAAUAAAGGUGCUAGACAAGAAGAAAGUGCGGAGGGCCAAGCUGUACUAUCUCAGAGACAAGAUGAAUGCACUUAACAAAUAGUAGAAAACUUGAUAAUUAGCGUGAGUUUGAUUAUCGGUUCAUUGAGAAAGUGGAGUUAGUCAUGCUGGCAAAAAGUGAGAACCAUUUGCAUUCCUUUUUAAAAUUUUGAUGCUAUUCAGGUUUAGUUCCUUCUCUCUUUUCCCUCGAUUUUGAAAUUGCGAGAAUUAGGAUGGUGAAAAUAUAUUAUGUGAGGCUGCCAGUGGAUGAACUGCAAGCUUCAAAAAAGAUUUAAAUGUGUUUAUAGCUAUGCAUCAUGAUAAAAUAUUCUAGUGCAUACAUUUGCAUUC